AUGUCCUCGUUGAAGGCAUAUUUGGCCGAAAAAUACAUGUCCGGCCCCAAGGCCGAAGCCAUUCUCGCACGUACAGCUCCCAAGAAGAAAAAGAAGCGCAAGGCAGAGGCUGGUCCAUCGACAUCUGGUAGCGGCGCGAUGAUUAAAGACGACGACGCAGGUUGGGGUGAAUCCAUGGCGAAGGAGGACGACGACGAUGCAGCAGACGCGCUGAUAGCUGCGGACCGCGGGUUCAAGAAGAGACGCGUAGCAGCGGCCGAGGAGUCUAAUUGGACAACAAUACGAGAGCCAACCCCACCACCUCCUGAGGAUGAGCAGCCCAUGGUGAUGGAUGCACAGGGCGCAGCACAAGUGCCAUUUACAGGUGGCUUGUUGACAGCGAAGCAACUUAGGGAACAGAUGCCGUCGGACAAGACUACUCACAUGGACGAGAAGCAUUUACGAGAGGCAAGGGAACAAGCUCAGGAGACCGUGUAUCGCGAUGCGUCAGGACGGAAGAUAGAUACCAAGGCAGAGAAGGCAGAGGCUGCGCGAAAGAAGAGAGAGAAAGAGGAGCGCGACGCGAAAAAGAUGGAAUGGGGCAAGGGGCUGGUACAACGGCAGGAAGAGGAAGAGCGGAAGAAAGAGCUAGAAAGACAGAGAACGAAAGACGUGGCGAGGUAUGCCGAUGACGAGGAUUUGAACAAGGAUUUGAAGGCCCAGGAACGAUGGAAUGAUCCUGCUGCUGCCUUUUUGACGAAAAAGAGAACGAAGGGUCCACGAAAACCUGAAUAUACAGGCCCACCGCCACCGCCGAAUCGAUUCGGAAUUAAACCUGGGUAUAGAUGGGAUGGGGUCGAUCGUGGCAAUGGCUUUGAGAAGAAGCUCUUUCAACACCAGAAUGACCGAAAGCGCCGCGGUCAAGAGAGUUACCAGUGGAGCGUGGAUGACAUGUAG